UGGACAAUGAAGGAAGCCUAACUGGGAUAAUCAAACUACAGUGAUGGCAAUGGUGGCACUCCCAUGAUCACAACACAAUCAAACUUUGUCUUUCGUUAUUGUUUUGAUGUGAGAGACCCCCUAGUGGCAGAAAUUACAUGUUGUACGUUUAAAGCAAAUCUUCACAAUCACAGUCUCAUUUUCUUAUUUAGGUCAUGUAGAGUCAUCUGUGUGUCUUUUAAAUUAGUGUCAUAACCAGUUAAAAACUCCUUAUACUAGGUUUAAAUAAAAGCUGUGCAAUGUUAAUGGCAAUCUUUGUGCACCUUUAAGACAAUCCCUAACUUCAGCUCGUCAUCACAGCUCAUCAACGCUACAAGCAGCAAUCAAAUCUCAAACAACAGUGGGGGAAAGUCAGGUUUGGGUUGCAGGUUCCUUUACACUAACAAUCAAUUCUUAUUUAAAAACCAUUAUAAAGGUGGCAAAAUCAUCCAUUACACAACCAACCUCAGCAUGAGUGCUCUACAGUGUUUAGAUUUCCUUUUCACAUUUCUUUUUCUAACAAUUUACAGCAGUGCAUUUCCUUUGUACAUCCUAUUCAGUGGCUUUUUUGUGUAAUUAAAUGAAUGGGAAAAUCAUCAUCUAAACAUAUAAGUGAAAUCAAAAUAUGUGGGAUCAAGCAUUGAAUUAUGUGAGUGGGAUUUUCCUUCAACUGUACAUAUGCUAAUGUUAUUACUACACACCAUGCUGUUAGUACCACUGAUGGUGGGCGACUGAUGUCAGAGCUGCAGACACUGACGGUUUCUGCGCGUCUUUCUUAGAACCAGUUCACCAUACAUCUGCAGAUAUGACCUAAUUUAAUCUCCGGGUUGUACACAUCCUCUCCAGCAGAGCCUGCCUCACAGCCAUAAGGAUCAAAGAGAGAUUGGUUGUAGUGAGUCAGUCAUCCUUUAUUCAGCUCGGGAAAAAUGUGGAGCACAUAGAGAGAGAGAGUGAAAAAGGAGAACACAUGAGUGGUGGGAGUCUUGCUUUAACUCAUCUCUCUGCUUUGGUGCUUUCAUACCUUUCAUCUCAUACCUCUUUUUACCUCUCUUUUUCUUCUCCACCUCUCCGUCCACCACCCAGCCCCCAGUGAGUCUCCCACCUCGUUCCCAUUCCUCUCUACGCUCCCACCUUUUCAUUUUGGCUUUCUGGCCUCCUGCAUUCUUCACUGCCCUCUCUCAACAUUUUAUUUAUCUAUCGUCUCUCCUCACUUUCCUGCCAGAAAACUCUCCCUACAUUUCUGAGGUCUAUGUGUCAUUCAUCUUCAGUUGUUGGUUGAUUCACUGCCAGUCUGUCUCUACCAUGUGUCACCCUUUCCAUUAACUGAGGUCAGGGAAAACUGUUCCUCAGUGCCAUAGCAAGCCAACAACUCUGUCUCCUAUUUUUCCUCUCUACACUAAAACACUGUUUAUGUGUGAAAACAACAUAAACACACACUUCCGUUUUCAGGUUGUUUUUGUGUAGAUAUUAAUAGGAAAAUUACUAUUAUUUGCUGUUUUUCCUGAUUUGGUUGCCAAACUAUAACAGAUUGUGUUACAGACAUCAUGUAGACAGGUGUCGACAGGACACUAAGGUCAUGUCCUUGAUAAUAUUUUACCAAUUGUAAUGCAGAUUUACAUUAUAACACACACAUUACACAUUUAGUGUUUCUUGAGGCUGAUUUACAUUAGACAAAAUAGACAAAACUGGUCUCUUUUGAAGGCAACGAAAUUUAAAUGAAGGAAACUUUGUUUCCCUCAGCAGAAUUACACACCUGGCACCAGAGUAUAAUGUAGGAACAAGGAAAUUAUACAUUCAAACAGUUAAAUGAAUAAUAAAAUAUGUUGAUAUAAAAUCAGGCAUAUGCUGUUUUGCAGGGGGCUUUGGACUAAUGACUUAAGUAUUUCUAAGUCCUUGCCAGCCCUGAGUUUUGGACAGACACAGCCUAGUUACUCUGUUGACUCUCAGCUGGUUAAAUCUCCAUUCUUUCAUUCAUUCUGUUCCCUCUUGCUCUUCAUCAACACCUACACUGCUUUGUUUGUCAGACACCUGCAUGGUUAUAAACUAUGGUUUGAUUGCAGCUCAUUGAGCAGACAAACAGUAUUACCUGCACUCAUCAAAUCACCUUGAAGGCAAACGAAACAUAAAUACGACUAUAUGACAAUGUCUGUCUUGUGUGUUCGGCUUUACUUGCAUUAAAUGCUUUACAUUUUGAAUCACUGAUCAUAGACAAAGUUAGACACACCAAAAAGGUAGCUGUGUAAUUGUACUGCCUGAACAGGCUGAAGUCAUUUUAUGCCAAAAUCUAUUUUUUUCCUGUUUUUGAAACUCGUCAGGUGUGAAAACCCACUGGUGUAGUGUUGACAAAAGGCCAAACCUGAGAGAAAAAAGAUGCAUGUCCAGUUGUAGUUGGCUUAGUCUUAGUAUUGUGCUGCCAAAGUCAAAUGAGGUCAGUUUAAGGGUUUCUGGAAGAUAGGAGUCUGUUCUUGGUUUGAAUCAGCUCUGAUGUGGUUCUUCCAUCUGUAUUAAAUAACUUGCAACACUUUAAGUCUGACACUCUCUUGCAAAUCAGCUGUAGAGAGAGAAGAAUGGGGUGUAGUGUUGAGGUAAAUGGAGAGAAGCUGUUGGGCCAUUGAGAAUUUUGACCCCGAAAUCCAAUUCCACCAAAGUGUCUGGCAGUGAAAAAAGCAUGGAGUCUGAAUUUGAAAUGGAGCAGAAGGAAGUAGAAUGGGAAGUAAAUGGACUCAUGGACUCAAAAAUCAUGAAUGAAAUUCAAACAGAGAGAAAGAGAUGCAUUUUAAUGCAGCGUGUGCAGACACAUUUGUAUGUGGCGAGCGAGAGCUUUUAGGGAGUUUAUACAUGUGUUGAUUUAGCCUCCAUAUGUCUGUGUGUUUGUGUUGUUGUGUGUGUGCAUGUGGGCGACCACCGGCUGUUUGGAGAGCAAGUUGAAGCUGCAGCUCUGAUGCUCUGACUCUGAAGAUUCCUGUUUGAAAUAAUGUGCCAGCUGCUACCGCUCACACACAUACACACACUGCUUCUUACUAAGUGGAUCAUCAAAGAAUCAAAGGCAGUCGCUGUUUGAAUUAGCCCUCUGUUCUUUAUUCAGACUGUGCCUCCUUUGUUGUGUUCCUGAUAAUAGAUAGAAGAGUGUUACAGACUAUAUGGAAGAGAGCAGCUGUGAUAAGUUACAGUGUUGAUGUGAAUCAUUCGGUCUGGCAUCUUUUUUUUCUUUUUUGCGGGAAGAGUGAGGAGAGGAGAGAUGGAGAGAGCUGUGGAAAGGGAAAGGAAGAUUAAAAGAACGAAAGCAAAGAGCGGGAUGAAAGAGAGACUGAGAGGGGGAGAAGGUAGAGGGAAACAGGGAGUAGGGGGAGGAAAAGCUGCGGUAAAAACACGGUGUGUGUGUGUGUGUGUGUGUGUGUGUGUGUUUUUGUGUGUGUGUGUGUGUGUGUGUGUGUGUGUGUGUGUGCGCGAGUAUGUUGGCACAUCUAACAGUAAAGGUGUGCUGUGUCAUAAUGUAGCGGAACGCUAAGCCACUGAAAUGAAUACAGAACUGAGCUCCAGUGCACACAUACAACACACACAUACACACACACACACACACACACACACACACACACACACACACACACACACACCUCACGGGAAGCUAGAGAUUGAGGUGAAAGAGUGUCUGUUUCUGACUCACUACGCUGUGUGUAUUAACUCUUGUUUUUUCCCCUUGCAUUUUCUAUCCCACCUUCCGCUCCUGAUUUUCUUUUUCCUUUUCAUUUUUUUGCUGUAAUACAAUUUUCUCAUCCACUUUCUUUUUUUAACUCAUUUAUUCUUUCCUUACUAUUUCCCCCCACCAUCCUCCUCUCAUCCCCUUUCAUUUCCUUCUGCUUCCCGGGACCCAGAGAAAGGGACUUUGCCUACGUGGCGAGAGACAAAAACACACGGGUGUUGAAGUGCCACGUGUUUCGAUGUGAUACUCCUGCCGCAGCUAUCGCCACAAGUCUCCACGAAAUCUGCUCCAAGAUUAUGGCUGAAAGAAAAAGUGCCAAGGCUGCAGCUGGCAGCUCCUCCCAGACCGGCUCCGAUGUACCCCUACAAGAGUUUCCCAUGCCAAAGACUGAGUUGGUGCAGAAGUUUCAUGUGCUGUAUCUGGGUAUGACAUCUGUGACUCGCCCCAUAGGUAUGGACAUCAUUAAUGGGGCCAUAGACAGCCUUGUGUCCUCCACAGGCAAAGAGGACUGGACUCCUGUCAUACUGAGUAUUGCUGACACCACUAUGGCUGUCAUCAAAGAAAAGGAAGAGGAAGAGGAGGUGUUGGUGGAGUGUCGUGUCCGCUUCUUGUCCUUCAUGGGCGUGGGACGGGAUGUGCACACAUUUGCCUUCAUUAUGGACACUGGGAGCCAGCAUUUCCAGUGUCAUGUGUUCUGGUGCGACCCCAACGCAGGCAGUGUGUCUGAGGCUGUGCAGGCGGCAUGUGUGCUGCGGUAUCAGAAGUGUCUGGUGGCACGGCCGCCCUCCCAACGUGCUGGCUCCUCCUCCUCGCCCUCUCCAGACUCUGUGACCCGCCGUGUGACCACCAGCGUGAAACGUGGCGUCCAGUCUCUCAUAGACACUCUGAAAACCAAGAAACAGCCAUCAGAACUCCCCCAACAAUGACCGUCACCAGUGACCACAGCACACCCCCCCGCCCCCCCAGCCGACGCCUGGACGCCACUCACACACUUUUGCCACAACAACACGUAAUCAGUACCAGCCAUGGUAACCAAUGAUGUACAUAUAUGUUAACAAACACCACCGCAGAUUAAGGAAAGUGGAGCAAUCAUCCUGAGGAAGAAAAAAAAAAAACAAGAAAACAAAUAUGUUUGAUGAGGAGGAAUGGAAAAGCUGGUGUCACUGGGUGAACUUUGACCUUUGAACGCUGCUGUGUCCAAGUGGAAACCCGGCCUCCACUGUAUGUGGAUUUCUGGACUAGACGGAUUACCUGAUCACGCACUCGACAGACAGGAGGCAGGAUAACCCAGAAGAAAAAGAUAAAUUUCUAUUAAGAGACUGGUUACACUUUCUUUCACACCUCUCUGUAAAAGCAGCCAUCAGCACAGUAAGGGCUCCUGCACUGGACCCAUGAGACGCCAAGCUACGGGAGCCUUCCUGGACAGAAAAGGUGUCAUCUUGCUGUCAUGGGAUUUUUGACAGAUGAAUACUAAAAGCAACCAAGACCAGACAGACAAGACCUGUCAACAUGCCCCCUACCUCCAAGCGGCAUAGAAAUGUUUUGAUCCCUUCGAUGUGUGACAGACUUGAAACAGACAAAAACUUAACAUCUCCUUUGAGGAUGAAUGAAGUGAUUGUAAUAAUGAAGUGUAUGUAAAUGAUUGUAUGUAGGAAGAGAGAAUUUAGGGCACAAGACUGGAGAGAUGAAGACUGGAGAGAUGAAGACUGGAGAGAUGAAGACUGGAGAGAUGAGGUGUUAGUGACAGAAAAGGGAACAGAUGUGGGUUUUGAUUUUGCAUGUUUUUUUGAUGGAAUAUGUUUUAUGUUGAUGAGUUGAACAAGGGUCUCGGUAAGAAGAGUGGUGAACACACAAGAAAUAGAUGCUCUCAGCACAAGUCAUCUACACUUGACCAUGACUGGAUUUACGCUGGCACAAAGAAAUCUGGCCCAUCUCUAACCCACACUUGAAUAAAAGGUUAAAAAAGGUAAAAAAAACAAUUUUUACUUUCCAUUCCUUGAUGGAUGAGUAGAAAGGUAAUAGUUUUUAAUGUCUUUUGAAGCUUUAAAUUAGUUAAGAUUGUAAUUUUUUUGCAUAUAUUAUAGAAAAACUGAGCGUAAAAGCUCAAGAAUGUUACAUUGCUUAAGUUCAAAUGUUACAAUUUCCUCAGGAAUCUUUAUGCAUACACCCAAGAUUUAUGUUGUAGCAAGAAAGUCCUUUGCCUUUUGCAGAUCUGAAGCACUCGUGGCUAUGAAUAGUGGUACACAGUAGUGUUUGCUCUGCUUGGACAGCAUGGAGAAGAUACAAAUCUGUGCCAGACAGUAAGGGUUAAUUAUAUUUCCUCUUCCUCAGUAAAUCCAGCCAGUCCCUCACUAACAAAAUACACACACAUAAAUAUGCACACCGCAGCAAAAUUGUCUGCUGUCACUGCUAUCAAAACCUUUACACUGCUCCUAUGGCUCGGGGCCACCACCUGCACUCGACAUGAACUCUGUGAAUGCAGUCCGAUCUAAAUGAAAAAGACACACACACACACACACACACACACACACACACACACACACAAAACAAACAAGAGAGAUGCUGUAAAUCAUUUCAGUUCUGUUCUUCACUCAUCUCUACACCAUGUAAAUGUAACCUGUUGUGACAAUAAAUGCAUUACCAAAAGAAAAAAA